CUAUGCAGACUGGCGAGUGAUGGGUGUGCAAUGCAGCACGACGGGCUGCACGACGGUGGCUGCUGAGUAUUCGAGUCAGGAGCUAACUAUCCGUCCGAAGUUCCAGGCUUGUUGGCAGGACAUCCAGGACUGUUCUUCUGGCCAGACAUGCAAUUCAUGGAACGUGCUUGCGCACAAAGAUGAGGCGCCGAUUGGAACCGAAUCCUUUGACUAUCAGGCGCUGCCAUCCCAUCAUCACUUUGCCAUUCUGCAUGGAUCGCCAGGCAGGCCAGUUGCAAGUUGGAGAACUCGCUAUUCUUUGGGAUCUGAACUGGGCUCUGGACAAACCGCCACUGUCUUCAAGGCACUUGCUUUGGCGCAGAAAGGAAGCUCUGAUGCGUGCAGGCCAAAGCGCAGUGCACUCUCAGGUGCGGAACAUGCUGAAGCCGCUAGUGGCGGCCGCCAAGUUGCGCUGAAGCGCUUUAACCAGAGAGGGACGUUGAUGUUCAAAAAUGAACUGAAGGCUCUCGUGACCUGCGGUGUGCAUCCGCAUAUCAUUCGGCUAUUGGAAAGCUUUGAGGGUGGCGUACAUGAAGAUGUGAUGGUACUGGAAUACUGCAAUGGCGGGGACAUUUACGAGUUGUAUGCCUCCAGCAAUGGGUGUUGCAUGCUGGAGACCUUCGUGGCGCAGAUCAUGCGACAAGUCGUGCUGGCUUUGCGGCAUCUGGUGGAGUGUGGCGUUGAGCAUCGUGAUGUCAAGCCCGAGAAUCUGCUUCUUUACGGUGUUUCAGAUGCCUCACGAAAUCAGCAGGCACCACUCAUCAAGCUGGCCGACUUUGGCUGGGCUGCAGUGGUUGAGCAGCCAGGGCCACCACCAGCGAUACCUCCGGAAGGUGUUGGAUCGCUUUGGUAUGCUCCGCCUGAAUUGAAUCCACCCGUGAAGGGGGCGGAAAUCGUCGCGGAUGAGCUACAAGGGGGGAAGAGCGAUAUGUGGAGUGUGGGAGUCAUCACCUAUUUGUUGCUCACCGGUCACAGCCCUUUCCACCUGGCCUUGAGCAUUACAGAUGUCUGGAAAAGAGAGGAGGAGGUGAUGCGCUUGGCGGCUUUCGGUUCGGUCAACACCGACACCAAGGUCUGGAAUACUGAGCUGUCUCAUUCCGCAAGAGACUUUAUCCUGGCCCUGAUCAAGCCGGACCCUGCCAGGAGACUGUCACCAGCCCAUGGGCUGAACCAUCCCUUUCUUGCCACGAGUUCUUCGCACUUUCUACAGGGCGGUGAAUUCAGGUUUUUCUCCACAGCCGGCAUGCAGGAUCCGCUGCUGAGGUGGAAUACUUUGGACAGCUUCCAGAGACUUUGUUGGCUUGCCAUUGCUCGGGCCUUCACUGAGCCAGAGCUGAUGGAGCUACAGUCCGUGAAGGACUUUGUUCGUCAGGAUGGAGGUACAACAAGUGGAUACAUUGAGAGGCUGGCGGCUCAACUGGUGAGUGUAGCUUCAUUUUCAGCUUUGACCUCGCAGGCGGGAUGGAGCGAUGUACUCUACUUGGCCUUUCUGUACUUGGACGUCGAUUGCGAUGGUCAACUCAGUGCUGACGAUUUGAGUGUACACCUCCCAGGUGGCUAUCGGGUCCGUGAAGUUGCACAGGCCUGCAUCAGCAAGUGGAGAUCACGGAAUCAGGUACUAUCAAUGAGAGCUGCCAAUUUUCUCACCCAGUCCGACUUUCGCGAGGCUGUGUCCUCUGCCAUGGCUCCAGCUACGUUUCCGCAGACGGCUGAAACCAGCCCGCGAAUCGUGCCAGUUCAAGAGAGUCAGGAGACCCUGCAGGAGCGCAUGGACGCGAUCGAAGAGGCAUGCCGCAAGAUGGCCGACGAAGGCUUUCAGGAGUUGUUUGACCCUAGCCUUGAGGGGCUUUGAGGGCGAGGUUGUCAUGUCUCUCUAUUCCAGCGGCGCUUGCGACCCCUGGAGCAGGGUUUGUUUCACCUGUAUUUUGGUAUUUUGCAAUGCGCCUUCUAUGUUUUGAAGAUCCUCUCAUUCCUUUCCAAGGGAGAGUUUCGGCAUGGGCUCAAAGUAGUCCAGUCCCGCUGAUAAUGAGCUGUCCAAGGUUUCUGCGAUGGCGACAUGGUUAGUGACUAGUGACUCAGGCGAAAGGCCCCUGAGAGUGCAAGUUUGCUUAAAACAUUGCUACAACUAGAAGGGGGAUUGACAGGA